AGCCAGUGAUUCAGUGGUUAUACACAAACUAACGAUAAACCGUGGCGUGUUGGACAUUAGUUUGGUUUGAUUGUGCAGUUCACUCACUCUGCACAAUCAAAAUGUGUGUAGUCUGUAGUCAGAUGGUGUUACUGUGAUCAUCUGAAGAAUACAGAAGGCCACUUUACACUCUCAGCGCAAACAUGUUGCAGCCGGAGAGAUUUGACAGAGGAAUUCCAAGGCGUGGAGGACAGUGGGAUAGUGUCAGCUGAUCGCAGUCUGUUCUGCUAGAGAGGAGUUCUCCUGUCCUCGAACCACAGACGCUUUUGGAAGUUACACUUGACCCUCCAGAUUCACACCGCUGUCCUCAAUGUGAAGAUUUAGGUGAGGCACAAGUCAACCAUUGUUUUACUGAGCACACUGAGCACAUUUAAAGGAGAGGAGACGUGGAAGAGAAGAGAGAAAGAGGGUGGCUUGCCUAAUGGCAGAGAGCUGGAUGUCCCAGUGAGGUCAGGUCGGACGGGAGGUCAUGGGGUCGUUUACGCUGGGGAAAGCUGCUUCUCUGGAGCUACUGCUGGAAGCUUGCAUUCAUGCGUUUGAUGAUGAAGGAGAGCUGCAUGAAAAUCAGCUUCCCCGAACCCUUCUGCUGAUGCAUCGCUGGUAUGUGUCCUCCACCGAGCUCGCUGGGAAACUUCUGAUUAUGUAUCGUGACUGUCGGGGAGAUGACUGCCAGCGGACACGACUGAAGAUCUGCUAUUUAAUGAGGUACUGGAUAGCUGAAUUCCCUGCAGAGUUUGAUCUGGAUCUAGGUUUGAUCCGUCUAACAGAAGAAUUUCGGGAUGCAGCCGCUCAGCUGGGUGGUGAUGAGCACAUUAAACUACUUGACAUUUCUACAAUCCCCUCAUAUGACUGGAUGCGUAAACUGACUCAGCGAAAGAAGCAGGUGAAGAAGGGUAAAGCGUCACUGCUGUUCGAUCAUCUGGAACCCAUUGAGUUGGCCGAACACCUCACCUUCUUAGAGUACAAGUCCAUCAGGAGGAUAUCGUUCACAGAUUACCAGAGUUACGUGAUUCAUGGCUGUUUAGUAGAUAACCCCACAUUAGAGCGCUCCAUCGCACUGUUUAAUGGGAUCUCCCAGUGGGUUCAACUGAUGGUUCUCAGUAAACUUACCCCUCAGCACAGAGCAGAGGUCAUCAACAAAUACAUCCAUGUUGCACAGAAAUUGCUCCACCUGCAGAACUUUAACACGCUGAUGGCUGUGGUCGGGGGUCUGAGUCACAGCUCUAUUUCCCGCUUGAAGGAAACUCAUUCUCACCUCACCCCAGAGGUCACCAAGAUCUGGAAUGAAAUGACAGAGCUGGUUUCGUCAAAAGGCAAUUACUGUGCUUACCGCAAAGCCUUCAGUGAAAGCGAAGGGUUUAAGAUCCCAAUCCUAGGUGUUCACCUGAAGGACCUGAUCGCCGUGCAUGUGGUGUUCCCGGACUGGGUGGAGGAUGGGAAAGUGAACAUCGUGAAGAUGCAGCAGCUGUAUCUCACCUUUAAUGAGCUGGUGUCCCUGCAGAGCGCUGUGGCUCAGGUGGAGCCCAACAUGGACCUGAUCUACUUGCUCACUCUGUCCUUGGAUCUGUACUACACAGAGGAUGAAAUUUAUGAGCUGUCUCUUCUCAGAGAACCCCGUAAUCCCAAAUCUCAGCCCACCUCACCCACAACGCCCAACAAACCUCUGGCUCCGCUGGACUGGGCCUCUGGGGUCACCACCAAACCAGAUCCCUCGGUGGUCAACAAACACAUCAGGAAGGUCGUGGAUUCUGUCUUUCGUAACUACGACCAUGACCAUGACGGAUACAUAUCUCAGGAAGACUUUGAGAGUAUCGCUGCAAAUUUCCCUUUCCUCGAUUCCUUCUGCGUGCUUGAUAAAGACCAGGAUGGAUUGAUCAGUAAGGAUGAGAUGAUGGCAUAUUUCCUGCGUGCCAACCCGCUGCUGCAAUGUAAGAUGGGGCCUGGUUUUAUUCACAACUUCCAGGAGAUGACUUACCUGAAGCCAACGUUCUGCGAACACUGCGCUGGAUUUCUCUGGGGAAUUAUUAAACAAGGAUACAAGUGCAAAGACUGUGGUGUGAACUGCCAUAAACAGUGCCGUGAGCUGCUGGUUUUGGCAUGUCGGCGUCUCCCUCGGUCCACGUCGCUGGGCAAUGUGUCUCCUGGAGUGCUCACACACAGCUCUUUACCCAGCAGCCCCAGCCUGCCCACCUGUAAAGAUGACGAUGAGGUGUUUACGUUCCCUGCCGUGUCGUCGUCAUCAGGCUCUGACCUGGAGGGAAAGUCCAUCACCCUGGUGACCGGUUCAGCCCAGCGCAUCUCAGUGCGGCUCCAGAGAGCCACCACCAGUCAGGCCACGCAGACAGAACCCCUGUGGCCCGAAAACGGCUGGGUGGCCGUCGCAGACAGCGGGUCACACACCUUCCCCAAAAUGAGAUACAGGCCACACCGCAAAGCGUCCAAGAGCAAAGGUUUUGCUCGCUGGGAGAAUGACACGCAGAGUUCGGCAGCGAUGAGGAACAGCAGGAACUCACAGGAGCACAGCGAAGAGUCACAGCAGAACGGACUCGCAGAACAACAUAUGAACAAAACCAGGACCUCUGAGAUCAGCUGACUUGACUGCUCUGUGGGCCCAUGCAGGACACCCUGGAGCCUGUCAGGACCACGGCCCAGAGGGCUGUCCGCUCUAGGGGGCGUGCUGGGGUGCCUCAUGCCUCCAGUGGAUCAGGAAUAGGGCCACUAUUUCCACAGCCACAGUAAAAGAGGGGCGGCAGGCAACCCGCUGACUGAACUGGGGGAAGGGUUGCAUCAAAGGAAAGGUCUCGGACUAAACAGAGAGUGACUGCGUUGUGCUGUCCUGGUUGGAAAUCUAGCUGCGAAUCACUGGAAGCUGAUGUGAAGGAUACAUCAGCAUGAUAAUAGAUGAAUGAGCGAGAGUAUUUAAGGUAUGCUGUUGACGUGUUUGCAACGCACGCUCUGAUUUUUGUUCUCAAAAACACUACUCAGAAAGGACACAGUGGAUGUGAAGGUUGUAUUCAGGUUGUCUGAAGUCGAAAGUGGAACUGGGAAAGAUGAAGAUGAACGUAUGUAUGAUCGAACAUUAAAACACUAACUUCAUUCUUGUGUUACCCAGCAACACAUUAUGAUCUGAAGUGGAAGGUACGUCGAGUUUUAAAACCCUUUACCCCAAAUAUAAUUAUAAAACCCACUUACACUGUUUUACAGAUUGUUUCUCCAAUGUUUUGCACCAUAGUUGUGUCUCCUGUGCUUGAGAAAAUGCAGACAAGUAACCUCUGACCUUAUGCAUCUUUACAUCAGCACUGCUUAGCAACAUUGAUAGCUAUGUAAGGUUGAAAUUAUCUUUAUACAUACAUGAAUUCAGACUUCAAUUCUGCCGACACAGGUGUGCUGUCAGCCAGGUGUUUAUAUGGCCUCUGUUGCUAAGCGCCAGAUGAGUCCAUCGAUAGUCUGUUUCCAAGGCAACACACCAACCAUCAGCGCCAUAUGUUCUGAAAUAAGUUUGACACCCAGACAUCUCGGCUCAGUUAGAGCCCAACAGCCUCAAAUGGGACAAGCCUCACAGUCAUUUCUGCAGACUGUGUGUGUGUGUGUGUAUGUGUGUGUUCGUGUGUGUGUGUGUGUGUGUGUGUGUGAGAGAGAGAGAGAGUGAGAGUCAGAAACCACACAAGUAGAUGAACUAAGACAAACAGUGAUUAUAGCGAGUCUUUGAGCCUAUAGGAUUAGAUGCUCUUCUGGCACCACAAUUGCAGAUUUAAAGAAACUGCCCCAAAAAUGAACAUUCUGUCAUUAUUUACUCACCCUCACAGCUUUGUAACUAAAAUGAGUUUAUUUCUUAUAUUUAUUGUGGAAAACAAAAUAAUUUUUAUCAAAAAGGCUGCCCUUUUUUGAUAUAAUGAAAGUUAAUGGUGACCAUGUCUAUCAGGCAAGAUUUUCAGUGAAUAUCAGCUUAAAGGGAUAGUUCACCCUAAAAUGAAUAUUCUGUCAUUAAUUACUUACCCUCAGAUCGUUCCAAACCUAUAAAACCUUUGUUCAUCUUCAGAACACUAAUUAAGAUAUUUUUGAUGAAAUCCAAGAUCUUUCUGACCCUCCAUAGACCGCAACGCAAUUGACACAUUCAAGGCCCAGAAAGCUAGUAAGGACAUCGUUGAAAUGGUCCUUAUAUAAAAUAGAUCUAUAAAAUAGAGAAAAAGUAUUCUUGCAGCUUCAUAAAACUACGAACCACUGAAGUCACAUGGACUAUUUUAACGAUGUUCUUCCUACCUUUCUGGGCCUUGAACCUGAAGAUGAACAAAGGUCUUACGGGUUUGGAACGACAUGAGGGUGAGUAAUUAAUGACAGAAUUUCCAUUUUUGGGUGAAAUAUCCCUCAAUAUUGAAAUAUUCCUGAAAUAUUGGGUUUAUUCCUCUCAAAAAAUCUAUGGAAGGCUUAUGAAGACUUGGCAUGAGUCGUAUGUACUGUACAAGUAUGGUGUUUUUUUGUCUUGUUGGUUCCCGUUCACUUUCAUUGUAUGGAAGAUAGCAGCUUAAAAGAGGUCUUCACAACAGAAUGUCAUAUGGUUUGAAACACGCAAGGAAUUAAUUUAAAUGAAUGCAGUUGAGAAAACAUGUUUGUCAUCUGAAGCCUUCAUGUGUAGCCUAGUGCUGAAAGCGCUUACCUGUUGCCAUAGUCAUUAGAGUAUUAUUCUAAUACUGUGCUAAUGAUUCUGCUCUCAUCUGUGUAUGUCUGGUGCUAGUAAGCGUUCAGAUUGUCAGAGAUCAGAAGAUAGGUGUUAAAGGCACAUGCUAAACGUAAUUCAUUUUGAUUUAAUGUAGCAUAUAAAGCAUACUACUGAAAGGGAUAGUUCACCCAGAAAUUAAGAUUCUAUCAUCACUUGCUUAAUCACCUUACAAUAAUAUAUAUGUAAGUCCAUACAAUGAAAGUCAAUGGGUACCAAGACUGUUUGGUUACCAACAUACUUCAAAAUAUCAUCUAUUACAUUUUUUUUUUUUUUUUGCUAUUUUUAGCUUAACUAUCCCUUUAAAUGUAACAAUUUAUGCAUGACUUUUAGAGCCUUAGAGUAUAAGAAUCUCCUGUGGGAUAUUUCUAAUACAUCCGUUGUCUUUCACUUAUUGAUAACACAUUAUUUUGACAUACGAGCAGCAGCCGUAUCAACACAAUUUCUUGUGCAAACAUCUUUACGUAAUAUAAGCUUUGUGACAUCAAGAGAUGUGUAUUGAAAAACUGAUGACUCUUGCCACUUCUGGGCCAUCAGAAGAUAUGGUCAGUAAUAACUGCUGUAAAAUGAUCAACCUUGUCAUUGCUGUAUUGAUUAUAGUCUUAUGAAUGUUUCUGGUUGAUGCCAGGUUUACAUGUGGGAAAGGUGUAUAUUUACUACAUUUUGAACAUCAAGCAUACAGACAUGUUUAUUCCCAAGGUUCUUGCUGCACUUAUUUUUCCUCACUAAAUUUCUGUGCUUCACUAUAUUAAAAAAAAAUUAAGCAAUCUAAUUAUUGUUAGGUUUUUACCCAUGCUGAAAUAAGGUUGUGCAGAGAGCAGGUCAUCUCAGCAUCUCAGGGUUGCCAGUGAAGAUAAGCUUGACCUGUAAAACUGAAUAUUAAACAUCAAGGGACUUUUACCAUCUUGACUGGAAUAUUUGGAGAACAUAUAUAUAACUUUAGCUGGAAAACACAUUAUAAAUAUAUUACAUUAAAAGUAUUUCUAGUGUAUUUUCGAAGGCAAAAAAACUGGAUUUAGAUUUGAACAGUCUGCUUUAACUAAAAUGAGUGUAAUAAUUGAAUGUCAUAUGUAGAAAUGUUCUGUGAUUCCUUCAUUGCACUGUUACAAUUUACUUGCUGUUCAUGGAAAACAUCAAUAAAUACACUACCCUAAAACAGACUAAUCACAACUAUUCAAAACAAUCUGUAUCUUUUGAAAAAUAUUCUACAGUUUGUGUUUAAUGUUUCCUAAUGACUGGUUUAAAACUGUGAUUAAGUGACUGAAUGUUUAGAAAUUUGUUUAGGCCAUUUUGCAGGUAUUAAACUAAAAUAAAUUGCUGUCUAUCACCACCAUGUGGCCACUGUAUUUCUAAGCAUGUCACAAUCACACUGCAUCAUAGGAAUCUGCAUAGUUUCUGUAGAAAUCUUGUAUUUAAUUUAGUAAAGUCGUUUCUAUCAUUGUAACUUCUGAUAUUUUAUUGCCACUAUAAUGCAAGAAAAAGAAUCUUCAUUUGAAAUUGAUCAGUUUUCUGUGUUUAAAAAAAUUAAAAUACACCAAGACAGUGA